UGCUUGGUAUACCUGUGUCUUAACAGACAGCGAUAAGCCUGGAUCCAAUAUUAUUGUCUUAACAAGAAACAAAUGGCGGCGAAACAGAAAAAGAUUCUCGUCUUUUUUCCUUCUUUUUAUCUUCUGAUCUUCUUAAUAUUUAACCAUAAUGUCGUUCUUGGGGAGAAAAAGCUGCGAAUGGUGAACAUGGUUUAUCGUCAUGGUGACAGAUCUCCAACAACUACAUUUCCUCUUGAUAAAAAUUUAAAAUAUUGGCCUCAAGGACUUGGACAGCUGACUCGGUUGGGAAUGCUUCAAGAGUAUAAGUUGGGGAAAUUUAUCAAGAAACGUUACAUAGACGAUAAUGAACUGUUAAACAAAACUAUGUAUUUGAAAGACGAGGUUUACUGUAGAAGUACUGAUACUGAUCGCACAAUAAUGAGUGCUCAAGCACAGAUGAAUGGUUUAUAUCCUCCUCAUGGAAAUCAGAUCUGGCGUCCCCAUGUGGAGUGGCAACCAAUACCAGUACAUGUCGAAUCACUAAAGAAUGAUAAAUUACUUAGAGGUUCAAAUUGUCCAAGAUAUGAAGAGCUGAUGGAAAAGUCUUAUAGUUCGCAAGAAUACAAAGAUAUAAAACUAAAAUACCAGGACUUCUAUAAGGGCCUUCGCGUGCAGACUGGCCUUAAUGACUCACUUAAAUUUAGGAACCUUUAUUCAGUACACGACAACUUGUUUUGUUCACAAUCUCAUAAUUUGACACUACCAUCCUGGGCCAAUACAACUGUCAUGAGUGUGUUGAAAAAUAUUUCCAACUUCGAAAUGUACCUGCUGACCUCCAGUAAAGAAAUGGCUAAACUUCAAUAUGGCCUUCUUCUUGGAGAGAUGAUAAAACAUAUGCAAGGUUUCGUUAAUCACGAAAAAGGGAUCAAGAAAGCCUACAUCUACUCAGCUCACGACACUACGAUCAGCGGAAUGUUAGCUGUUCUUGGUUUAUUCGACCGAAUUUCUCCUCCAUAUUCAUCUGCUGUUAUGUUGGAACUCUAUUCAUCUGAUAACGGAAAUGACCAGUCUGUUCGUAUCUUCUACCGAUUCGGGCAAAGUGACAAGCCAAGACAGCUGACUCUUGAGGGAUGUGAUGCAGACUGUCCUCUCAACGAUUUUAUAGAACUGACAAAAGACUCCAUCCCAAAAGAUAGAGACGCAGAGUGUGGCGCUAAAGAAAAGAUGUGCUUCAAGUCUAUAGUUUAUAAAAGUUUUCUUGCAGCGUUUGCAGGGACACUGGUCAUUCUCAUUCUACUUUCUUUCUGUCUUUGCUGCUGUUGGUGUAAACGUCGUCGUUCUCGUAUGCAAGCGACAAGGGUAAACUUCGAUGAUGGUCUGUUGAAAGACGCGAGUCUGUUGCAUAAUCAAGACUAUGAUUCGGAGUGAAGGAAACAGUAUAUAAUGUGCGGAAGGAUUUCACGGCAGACAUGUUGUAGGACAGGAAUAGCUUUGCAGGACAAGAGAUUUCAAUCCCCAAGGCAAGAAAUCCUGUUCGUGUUAUUGCCGGCUCUGCCGUGAAACCUUUCAUCUUAAGAAACAUCACAUAGUUCGCUAUACUAGCUUCGCCCGGGUCACAAUCAUUCAAUAUUUAGUCUGAAAUACCGUCAGGAAAUUAAUUUACGAAUAUUUGAACGAUAGGAGUGGCAGAAACAAUCAACAAAACAAAUUAACUAACAAUAAUAACGACAACAGCAACCGAACAGCAGCAUCAGCAACACCACCAGUAACAACAGUAGUAGCAACAACUGUAACAGCAACAACUACAACGAAGACAACAAUAGCUAGAAAAUAGUGAUUUUGAUAAAUAUAUUUAUCAUGGAUGAUAAAAUGAAAUAUAUUUAAUGUUAAAAAAUAAAAAUGUCAUUAGUACACCAAUCAGGCAUACUCGAUCAUCUCUCAAAACACACAAAGCGCUUUGAUUGGUCGAAAAAUGUAACACUUGAUGAAUGAAAAAUGAGAUAAAGACGAAAUUCAAAGCAA